ACACGACGAGCGGAGGGGAGGGGAGGGCAGAGCGAAGGAAGGUGGGGAAAUCGAGGGUUUGUCUGCGUGCGUCUAAUUGCUAUUACAGUAGACCAGCUGAAGGGUCAGCCAGGGAAUAUAUUUAUACACUCCGGCGCGCGCAUGCCCGCCCAAAAAGCGCUCUCCUCAGCCGGGCCAGCCCCACUUUUCUUCGCUUGGCCGGCCUCGGCUGGAGACGCAGGGUCGGCCAGCUCGAGAGGCGGACGAGCCGUUCCAGCGCCGGGGGGGGGAAAAAGCGGCGCAGUCGCGGAGCCGUUCCGGUCGGGAAGGCGAGCCUGCCUGCCUGCCUGCCAGCCAGCCGGCGUGAAGCGCUACAAGACUCCUGUUCUCCGGCAAGAAACAUGGAACAAGUGAACUGACGUGAAAUCCCAUUCUGCUGCUGCCCAGCGAUGGGUUGUGUGCAAUGCAAGAAAAAGAAGGCGAACCAAACUCAGAGCAACAGCAGCGAUGGAGUCAUUAACCCACUGCCCAACUCCUGCUAUGAUCCUAACUCCUCCCAGCAGAACCCUCCCAACUUCACACGGAUCCCAGAUUUCAACAACUUCCCAGGGACUCCAGGGCCUUUGACUCCAGCUGGUCCUGGGGUCUCCGGCCUCUACCCAGCACCAUCCAUUCACAUGCCAGGAAUGGGGAUUACAGGUGGAGGAGUGACCCUUUUCAUCGCGUUGUACGAUUACGAAGCCAGAACAGAAGAUGACUUGACAUUCAUCAAGGGAGAGAAAUUCCAUAUCAUCAACAAUACAGAGGGUGACUGGUGGGAGGCACGCUCCUUGACCACAGGAUCCACCGGCUACAUCCCCAGCAAUUACGUGGCUCCUGUGGACUCGAUCCAAGCAGAAGAGUGGUACUUUGGGAAGAUUGGACGGAAGGAUGCUGAGAGGCAGCUGCUGUGCCAUGGCAACCCCAGGGGGACCUUUCUCAUCCGCGAGAGUGAAACCACCAAAGGUGCCUACUCAUUAUCUAUCCGGGAUUGGGAUGAGACAAAAGGAGACCACGUCAAGCAUUACAAGAUCCGGAAGCUGGACAGCGGUGGCUAUUACAUCACUACCCGGACCCAGUUUGAGACUGUGCAAUAUCUGGUGCAGCAUUACAGAGAGAGAGCCGCAGGAUUGUGCUGCCGCCUGGCCGUGCCGUGCCCUAAGGGGAUGCCCAAAUUGGCAGACCUGUCCGUCAAAACCAAAGACGUCUGGGAGAUUCCUCGCGAAUCGCUGCAGCUCAUCAAGAAACUGGGCAAUGGGCAAUUCGGGGAAGUGUGGAUUGGCACUUGGAACGGCACCACCAAAGUUGCGGUGAAGACGCUGAAACCUGGAACCAUGUCUCCAGAAGCUUUCCUGGAGGAAGCCCAGAUCAUGAAGCGCUUACGGCACGACAAACUGGUGCAACUGUAUGCUGUGGUAUCAGAAGAGCCCAUUUACAUUGUUACUGAGUUCAUGAGCCAAGGUAGUUUGCUAGAUUUUUUGAAAGAUGGGGAUGGCCGUUUCUUGAAGUUGCCCCAACUGGUGGACAUGGCAGCACAGAUUGCAGCUGGAAUGGCUUACAUUGAGCGAAUGAAUUACAUCCACCGGGAUCUGCGUGCUGCCAACAUCCUUGUGGGCGACAACCUUGUGUGCAAAAUUGCUGACUUCGGCUUGGCCCGCCUCAUUGAAGACAAUGAAUACACAGCUCGCCAAGGUGCCAAAUUUCCCAUCAAGUGGACAGCUCCAGAAGCCGCUCUCUAUGGCAAAUUCACCAUCAAGUCAGAUGUGUGGUCCUUCGGCAUCCUCCUGACAGAGCUUGUGACCAAGGGCCGAGUACCAUAUCCAGGCAUGAACAACCGGGAGGUGUUGGAACAAGUGGAACGGGGUUACCGCAUGCCCUGUCCUGGGAAUUGCCCCCCGUCAUUGCACGAUCUGAUGGUGCAGUGCUGGAGGAAGGAGCCUGAGGAGCGCCCCACUUUUGAAUACCUCCAAUCGUUUCUAGAAGACUACUUCACUGCUACAGAGCCUCAGUAUCAGCCAGGAGACAACAACUGUAACUGAUGGAUGGUGACCAUGGAGAGCUCCCCACCCCCACAAUCCCCAUGGGGAACUCUCUCAAGUGUGGUGGGAAACUGGGACACACUGCGGAAAUCUCUUCCCAACCCAGGGCCAGGAACUGAGGGUCCCACCUUGUAGAACUGGGCUUAGACUCUUUUUCUUUUUUCAUUUUAAUUUUAUUCCCUUCGAGGGGUGGGAAAGAGGCAUUGCAAUUUUUUUUUUUUUUUAUCAUCGUUGUUUUGUGUUUUAAAUUCUGACUCAUCCCAAAUAGAUGCCAGGCCAAUUUUUGGAGAUUUUUUUUUUUUAAAAAAAGAUGGAGAUGAUGAGGAGUGAGGGUUUAGAUGGGCCAGAGGAGAGGUUCUGUUUCUUUAAUAGUCUCUUAAUUAAGUUACUUCUGUGUUAACUGGAGAACCUUUGGCCCUUAAGAGAACCCUUGUGGUUCUCCGAAGAGGUUUUGUACUUCAGCCCCAUUGGUUCCAGCCCACAACAAUGGACUGUGGGGGAGUUGUAGCCCCAAAUGUUUGAGUGCACCUUUUCCCUAACCCUACUGCAGCCUAGAAGGAUAAAGGCAGGAGGGCCUCAGGGCCAUAUUAUAAAGAAAUUUGCACAAUGAAGUUACCUAGCCAUCCUGCAACCAGUGUUCUCCAGAUAUAUUGUGACCGCAUCUCUCAGAAUUCACCAGCAUGCAAGGACUAUGCUGGCUGGGAAUUCUGAAAGUUGGAGACAUCAGACAUGGCUUCCAGUUGCUGUGGAACUCCCAACUGUCCUGAUGCCGUUGGCCAAACAAUUUGGGUUUGAUAAGCACGUUGAAGUCCUGCAAGAUCUGGACUUUGUUCCUUCCCUUCAACAUUCUGCGACAUGGCCAUAAUAUGAACAGUGGGCAUGAUUUUUCUCCUCCUUCCUCAUUAGCCCUCAUGCUCUGAAUUUGUGACUAUCUGGAUAUCAUGUUUGAAACCAAUGAGUUACAACUAUGAUAGGAGAAUGCAUGUAGGCAGGAUCCAUUAUAGGUAGAUCAAUCAAUGUCAGCCUCUUUCUCGGGAGGGUCAGCUUGGCUCUGAAACGAUACGCUGGGGGAUGCACUUCAAAAAAAGGGGAUGGGUCAGGACACAGCCCUAAUUCGCCGGGGCAUAAGGGAAGCAGACAGCGUUGUCUAGGACAACCGUAAGGGAAAGGUGUGUGCCAAGAUGGCUUUGGAGCCUGUUUACAGAAGGAGAGAGUGUCUGAGCUGAUUACUGUGGAACUGUGAAGUGUCUGUUCCAUAGCCACAUGGUGCCUUCUGACAAUAAGAUGACGCGCCUUACCAGAUGGGGGCUUGUGCACCAUCCCUUGAAAAUUAAUGAUUUUUGCUUGUCAACUGGAAGCCGUUCCAGAUGUUCCUUACCAGAUGUGCUGGGACUGCAGUGUCCAAAAUUCCUAGCCAGCAAUUACAGCCCUAGCAAAUUUGGAGGAAACGGCUGCCUUACCUGGUAUCCAUAUCCCAGUUAUUCACCCGCUAACUUUUUUUCUCCCUCUGCACAAGAAUCCUCUUAAUCUUGAACCCUGGCAGGCAUGUUGAGGAAUCCGCCAUAGCUCAUUCAUAGGACCCUAUCCAUAUUUUUUGGAAGGAAGCUAUGAUUUCAAUGACAAUAAAGGGAUAUUGGAGUUGUGGCCUUCCAGGUAUAUGGUUGGAUUAAAAUGCCAUUAUCCUUGAUCACUGUCUUUGUUAGUUGGGACCAUUGAAAGUUGGAGUCCAGGAACAUCUGGAGGGCUUCUGGUUCUCCAGACUGUCCUAAGAAGUGCUUCAGUAGAAACGUAGAAGGUAAGUGUUGUAGCUGUCUAAAAACAGCUACAAUGAAGCCUGCCCUAUAGAACCAGAGGGUGAAAAAUGAGUUUCCUUUCAUUUCCCUCUCUCCCUGUAAUUUGAAAUAUGGCCAAGACACUGCAAAUUGCUGAAACACCUGAACUAUUCCAUUGCACUGGGCUGAUAGUAAAGCUAUGCAGAUUUACUGAGAAAUCAGCUUUAUUGCUUAUUUCAAUCAUGGUUCUAGAACGGAUCAUCACUGUAUGGCUUAUGAUUUGAUGGACUAGGUCAGAGAAAAAGCAGGCCGCAGUGGCUAUUCCUUAGCACCUCAGCAAAAGAAUGAGAAGCAGAAAAAUUGCUAAGCAAAUGACAAACAGUUUGUGACGAGAGGUCCACCAUGGGACUUUUGAGACCAAGGUUGUCCAAGCUCACCAUACAUUGACAACUUUAAGACUUGUGGACUUCAACUCCCAGAAUUCCUCAGGCUGGGGAAUUCUGGGAGUUGAAGUUCACAGGUCUUAAAUUGCCAAGGUUGACCGGCUUUAGUCCAAGAGAAGGUUGGCAACUGCCCAAGGGUGCCAUCUGCUGCCCGUGGUGCUGAAGAGCAACGCCAUAGAACUUCAGCAACUUAAUUCGGGUUUCUUCAACCUUUUCUCAACCUUGAGAUUUACGAUUAAAUCAACCUAGGGUUUUGGGAACUGAAAUGAUGUAGUUUGGCAGAGAGAAGGAUGAGUUCAUUGACCAUGAGGAAGCAAGUAAAUGAGUUGGAGGCCCGUAUCCUUUCCUCGCCAUGGGCUUCCACUCACUGGGGUCCUUCCAGUGAAGCAAGCAAAGCCCACCCACUGACCAUAUUGUCUUUGCUUAAGGACCAUGAUUUUCUUCAUAGAGUCCUUUGUGGUUCAUGAGACAUCUUUAUAUCAAAGCUGCACCUCCGGGGAGCUAUCCUAUCCUGGGAAUAUAGGGGAGCUUUCCUAUCCUGGGAAUAUAGUAAUUUACAUUUCCCAUCCCCCUGUUUGUUUGUUUGUUUUUUGAUUGAUUCAUUCAUUGAUAGGAUGGCUAGACAAAUUCCAUGCCAGCAGAGCCUGGGAGAUGUGGGCAGACAAGCCCAGGAUGAGAAAGGGAAGGGUAGAGUCUUUGGGAAGGGGGGUAACCACUGCUGGUUUAUAGUUAGACCAGUGUUUCUCAACCUUGGAAGCUUGAAGAUGGGUAGACUUCAACUCCCAGAAUCCCCCAGCCAGUGCUGCUGGCAGGGGGAUUCUGGGAGCUGAAGUCCACCCACCUUCAAGCUACCAAGAUUGAGAAACACUGAGUUAGACGAUAUUCAGAAGCAACCUAGACCAGCUUUGAACGGGGUUGAUUUAAGUGUCUUUGCUUGGAAGAGAAAUCUAUGGAUACUGAGCACGCACAAACCUACAAAGCAAAUAGUUCAAUAAAGCAAGUUUACAUGCCCUGUCCAGAGAUUUUUUUUUAUAAAAAAUUGUUAUUCAGAUGCCUAGGAGCCGCCCCUUUCUAUGCUAUAUAUAAUGUUGGUUUUUUUAAAUAAAAAUACUGUACAUAAAGAGAAAUAAACCUUUGUAUCAAGAUAA